AUGCUACUUCCAGUAGCCGCAGUAAUCUCCUUACUAGCCCCUACUGUACUCUCCUUAUGCCCACCACCAGGCCCAAUUCUUCCACCUCCAUCACUCGCUGCCCAUACCUCCAACUUCAGCAUACCAGAUGCCGUCUUCAACAACUUCAGCUUCGUGCAGAACACCUCCUUUGCGAUCCAAGCUUCGAUCAGUAACACCACGGUCUUCCAAUAUGAGCACACAGCCCCUGGCCGUGAAGUCAAUCAAUCGCUCUUCGACACCAAGAUCCGUUUAGCUAGUGCUACCAAGUUGAUCACGGCACUUGCUCUGGAGUUGAGCAAAGACAAGAUCAGCUUGGAUGAUCCAAUUACAAAGUUCAUCCCCGGCCUGAACGAGGAGUUCUACAGCGAUGUAACCAUCAAGUCCCUGACUGAUCACACCUCCGGUCUUGGUCGCUUCGGUUACACGACAGACAUAGCAUUCGGUCAAAACGCCACCGCCCUCGGCCUCCCCAAACUCAACAACAGCCUCCCAGGCUGCGACCCCAUCCCCGGCGGUCGGAUGUGUACGCCCCAAGAAAUCCUCGACGAGUUCAACAACCCAGUCUACGCCCCACACUCCCCUUCCUCCCGCGCCAUGUACAGCAACAUCGGUUACAUCCUCCUCGGCAAAGCCCUCUCAGCAGCGUACAAUACAACCUACGAAGACGUGAUCCAAACGCUCAUCCUCGACCCCGUUGGCAUGACGAGCUCCUCCUUCUCCGUCCCCGAAGACGACGGAACCGCCAUCCUACCCCGCCGCCCCGAAGACAAAACCUGGUUCGUAGCUCCCUUCGGCAACUUGAAUCCAACAGGCGGCUUAUGGUCCACCCCCAACGACAUGCUCGCCCUGCUUGACGCGCUCAAGAACGGGGAGCUACUCAGCAAAGUAGCAUUAAGGGAGUGGAUGCAGCCCACCACUUUCCUACGCUCUCUCCACCAAUACGUCGGCGUAGCCUGGGAAAUCUUCCGCAUCGAUGACCUUUCGCUCGAGUUUCCGCGCGCGAUUGAUGUGUAUACGAAAGCAGGUGGUGUACCGGGGUAUGGGAGCUAUCUUGUGCUGAUCCCGGAAUACGACAUCAGUAUCACGAUUAAUGCGGCGGGGGGUGAGACGAGUUAUUCGAGUAUUGAGUUGUUGGAUACAGUUGUGAGUGCGUUGGUUCCGUGGGCGGAUCAACUAGCACGUCAGCAGACUGGGGAGAAGUACGCGGGGAGAUAUGUGCUUGAGACGGCGUCUUCGAACGAUACACUUGUUUUGUCUUCGACGUCGGGACCGGGGCUGGCUAUCGAGGAGUUGAGCGUCAACGGCGUUGAUGUCAUUGCGGCUUUGGCUAUGAAGCAGAAAGUUCCGCUGGACAACUUUAGCGCGAGGUUGUACCCGACUGAUCCAGAUUCUCUGGGUACCCAGAACGAGAAUUGGAGGAUGCUACCUGAUCAGAUCAGCCCGGCGAAGAAACUGUGGGCGGGGUUGGAGUGUAUGAGUUGGAAUAAUGGGGAUUGGGCGAGGUAUGUGGGGGAGCCGCUUGAUACGUUUCUGUUUCAUAUGGAUGAGGACACUGGGAAGGUUGAGAGUGUGGAGUUACUUGGUUGGAGGGUGAAUUUGGUAAAAGUAGAGUAG